AUGCAUUGCUUUUUUGCUGCGCUGGAGCCGUCUAUCCCCGUCACGGAACAAAACCUGGCAGACCGAGUUCGGUACAUCAUGUGCUUUAAAAUAUUUGAUGAUGCCGAACUCGAACGACUACGACGUGAGGCUAUUCCGUCGUCGAAUGGAUCGGCUAUGGCUGGAGAUGCAGCUCCACAUUCGACAGACCAGCAUCCACACGUGGAAGCCGCCAUGGAUCUUCCAGUUAUGGUUGAUUCGAACGACGAUGAAAUAGUCUCCCACGAACUAGGGCAAAUGAGGAGUAUAUUGGAAGAGGCGAUUUUGGAAACGCGCAACACCCCUCUCGAAAAUCGACCGCGACUUCCCCGCAUACCCCUAAGCAAGCGAAAUCGGGCUGUCGUGAGGGCUCUUAACCCAAUGCUGGUGACCUAUUUGGAAGCCAGCCGGGACCUUUGCGAGACGGACUCGAUUCUCUUUGGCGCCGCAGUGGCAGUUUGCCGUAUUAUUGGCGCCAAACUUCCCAUGGCUGGACGCGCUACUACACAAAUUAGCGCCAUCCCAGCCUGGAGAAAAAGAAUCGAGGACCGUAUCGCAAAGGCAAGGGCCCUUAUCGGCAGACUGACAAGCUUCAGGUUUGGUAAUAAUAGACCGAGGAUUAUGCGCACCGUUAGGAUGGCGUUUGAAAAAAAGAAAGAAAGAAAGAAAAAACAUUUAUUCACGGUCUAA